AUGGCCGCACAACAAACACCGUUAUACUGCCUGUGGCAGAAGGAGCACGCCCAUAUAGGCGAAAAGAUCCUCGACCUCCUCCCCCGUGGCGAUGUCGCCUCCCUCCGCCUCGCCAGCUCCGCCUGCUGCAACAUCGCAACCAAGCCUCUCUUCCGCCGCGUCCGCGUCACAUUCACCGCCAACACCUUCACCAAGCAGUCCCGCAUCCACGCUCUCGCCCGUAUAGGCCACCACAUCGAGCACCUUCACUUCCACUUCGCCCACACCGAAGCCACCUUCCUCCCGCCCCUCGUCCACCCGCACACCGGCCGCGAGAUCUGCUUCCUCUACACACCACACACCAGCAUGGCCUCCGUCCUGGCCAGGCCAAAGUACGCCAACACGGAGCUCGGUGAGAUCCUCACACAGCAGUACCCCCCCUUGUUCCACGCCGCCACAAACGUGCCCAGCUUCAUCAAUGCCAUGAGGCACUUCUCCAACGUCCGUCACCUGACCAUCCGCUGCCCCGGCCAGGACCCCCAGGAGCGCUACCGCAGGGACAUUGUCGACUACGCCCUCAUGAGUCUGCGCAUCGCCGUCGAGCGUGCCCCGCUCGAGAAGCUCGUCAAGCUCUCCCUCUCUGGCAUGCACCCUUCCGCCUUCAACUACCUCCGUCACGUCCCCGGCUUCGGCGCCGUUCCCUCUGCCGGCCGCAGGUGGAAGCAGAUUCGCAAGCUCAGCAUAUCCGUCGAGGCCUGGGACUUUUAUGGCCCAUCUCCCGGCCUCGACCAUCUCAAGAUCAUCGACGAUUACGUCCGAGGCUUCUCAGGCACUCUCGAGAAGUUCAACUUCACCUGGCUCGGCCCCAAGGGCCCCUGCCCCAUCGCCCUGUCCGCGGAUCCCCUAUUCGCACCCCCGCGUCACAGCCAGAAACUGUUCGCUGAGGUCACAUCGCCCAUGUCGCCGCUGCCGCCAGCACCCUCUCGCAAGCUGAUGCACUUCCCGCGCCUCAAGUACAUGCAGGUGCGUAACGCGACCAUGACAGCGACCCAGCUAUCGGACCUCGUCAGCGCCCACCGCCGCACCGUCAAGGAGUUCGACUUCGACAACGUCGUGCUCAUCAAUGGCGGAAACUGGGACGACGCACUCGCCCCGCUGAUGGAGCGCAGCAACAGCAGCUCCAAGAGCGACGUCUGGUCCCAGCACUCUCACUCGAGAAACAACUCCGAGGCAGGCAGUCUGCACUCGGAACCGUCCCAUGAGGACUUUGACCUGCCCUCGCCGUCGGCUGCCGCGGCUGCCGCCACGCGGGAACUGCUCGACUUCGACCUUGGCAGCGAGCUACUAUACGUUAACGAUGAAGAUGACCACUACGACCCGUACGAGGGUCUGGACGAGGAUCUGGCUUCAGAUCUCGCGGCCGCAAAGGAGGCCAGCACGUCCUUCAGCACGAUACUCAAGAAGAAGCGCGUCCACCGGCGCAGGAGACACCGCAAGGACGAUGGCGACAGAGAAAAGGAGAGCAACAACAGCGGAUCCUCUUCUAAGCACCACAGGAGUAGGAGCCACAGCCGCCACCGCAAACACAAGCACCACAGACAACCGCCGCCCGUGCCGGAAGAAGAAGUCGUGUUCCGCCCGUCGACCCCUGUACCCAUCAUCACGGCGCCGAUCCAAGACACAUCCCCGCACCCUGUUCUGCUGCAGCCGGCUGUGUACAACCCCAAUGCCAGCCGGCUGUCGGGUCCCGAGGAAGGCAUCUCCUCGGUGCAGCGGAACAUCGAGCAGGAGGAAGCUCACCGCAGGCUGGCCGAGGACUCGGCGGCGCGGGUCAGCGCGCUCCGCAAGGCCAAGGCAGCGGUGUUGAUGAAGCUCUCCAAGGAGUUCAGGAGCAAGACACCCGGACCGAGGGAUACCAACUGCGGUAUGCAGAUGCGGUUACGGGAAGGGCUCUUUGGGAAGAGCUUUGUAAGCGUGCUGCCUGAUGAUCGGGCCAUGUCUAGCCAGUCUGCCCUGGUACCGCUCAUGUUUACGAGAUCAUGA